AGCCAAGAUGAAGCUGCAACGCGCUGGCGGCACUGGCGGUGGCGAGUCUCAUGUUCGAACCCGCCGUAGUUCCGCGUUAAAUUUUGUUUGAUUGGUAACAACAGAGUGCGCCGUGCCCCCGAGAUACUCCGUCGAUUGAUCAGAUAUCGGGGUAUCAGUAGAAUUUGCGCACGCGCACCUAUAACGUCGAAAAUGCGUGCGCGAUGCUAGGCAGUUAUGCUGGGUAACGCCAUGGUGUUUGACUGGCUGCUUUCACUGGACGCCUGGCAGCUUCAGCAGCUUCAGUGCUACUCGGGAGAUUGAACGAAACGUGUCAUUUACCUGCAUCCCAUUGAGACUGUGGCACUGACGGACUUCAUCGGCUACAAGCUGCGCUUUAGGUACCGGCAUGGAAGGCGCGUUACGGUCUCUACAGCAAAGAAUCGGAUCGGGUGAACAGGGCCGUUACCCUUGGCGCUGGAGUCUUGAACGUUUGCUACGUGGCCUCAGCACAGAGCGCGCCUGCUCAGCAGACGCGUUCGCGGAAUGCUGGCUCAUCGAACACAUAGCCUCAUGGAACCAGGCUCUGCGGCCGGCGAGGCUUGUAUUGACAGAGUUCGAGCCGGGGAAGCUGUGCCUGCGUUCCUACGACGACCGAGACGGAUUCGGCGCAAGGUACCGUGGCGGCAGUGGUAACGAAAAUGACGGUGCUUUCCUCAUGGCAUGGCUGCCCAGACAGCAUUUCUGCAUCCACGAGGUCCGGGUGCAUGACCGAAUGCAUGUGGAACGGCUCUCCUUCGUGGCUUCUUUCAUCGUUGGGCCAGCCCCCAACUUGCACCGUGUGGUGUUGCGACCGCGCUACAGGCUCGAGCCUGAGAGCGGGUUCCUCGAAGCGUUUGGCCCGCCCCAAUGUCUCAGAGACUUGGACCUCUCGAACGUUCACAUCAGUGACUCCAUCGCUCCCAAAGUGGCCGAAGUUUUGCGCGGAAAUUCGUCAACCCUGCACAGUGUCACCCUCGUGGGAAACCAACUGUCCCCGGAAGCUGCCGGCACCCUGCUUCUUGCGCUUGUCGCGUGCGCCCGGCUCAGAGACUUGAGCCUUCAAGAUAGCAUGGACUCCUCAGCCUGUGACGCUAUGGCAGAGUUGUUCAGGAGCAACAGGGCUAUUCAGAAGCUUACGCUGGUGGGACUCGGCAAAGCUGGCAUGACCUGCAAGCACCUCGGAUCCCUGGACAGACGCAGGGCUUGCGUGAACUGUCUAAAAGACCUGUUUGCUGCGCUGGAGGGCAUUCUGUGCUUUAAGGACCUGACAUUGGUAUCGACCUCGAUCAAAGCCUUAAUGGGAAGAGCACUGGCACACUUUUUAAAGAGGCAUCACUCACUCGUCACAUUGUCACUAGAAAGCUGUACUGUUGAUUCUGAAGGCGCAGCGCAAAUUGCCAAAGCACUGUCGGCCAACUGCACACUGGAGCAACUCAGCUUGCCAGACUGUACUCUUGAAGGUGACGUGGUCACCAAGUUGUGCUCGACUGUGGCCGCCAACACAACCCUGAGGAGUCUCGUGCUGCCCGAGGUCUUCACAUCCACCCGUACCAUAGAAGAAGGAGGCCCUACAUUCGAGAUGCUGAAGCAACGGUGCCCCGGUCGCGUCUACUUUCCUCUAUCUGUGCCUCUUCCAUCAUUCGUGUCUCCGGCCCUGGCUGAGGGCCUUUCGUGUGCUUCCAAGCUGAAGAUAUGCCACUGGGGUAUCGUAGGUGAUGUGCUGUGCUCCAUGUAUGCCUCGCUGUCCCUGAACAAUUCACUGCGCUGCCUCCACAUCGACUAUAUGGGCGGUGGCAGCGCAGACAGCGGUGCUGCAUCGGAAUCUCUCCUCAGCUCCUUGUGCACUGCUCUCACAACUUGUGCACAUUUCCACACUUUCCACCUGGACCUGCACAGGUCCUUCAAUGACUUUGAGGAAGCGAUUCCACUGGCUGAAAUCUUCACUGCUCUAGAAAACAAUCCACGCCUAAGGAAGUUAUCGCUGACUGUUCCUCGGCUGGACUACAAAGCUGCGCAGUUGCUAUCCCUCUUCGUAUCCCAGUGCAAAAGGAGUUUGGUCGAGCUUCGUAUCAAGAGCUGUGAUGCCAUUCCAGAAGCUGCCUUUGGUGCACUUUAUGCUAUGGUUACAAAGAACAUGUUCCUGUCAAAGCUGACCCUCAGAUGCACUGCGUGGGAUGAUGUGGUGCGGGCGAAUGCAGCCUUGGACGACGCCUUGGAACGCAACCUGGGCCUGCUCAACAAGGCGGCACGGUUUGUAAUGAGCAUGGAUGGCGGAGGAGGGCCAGGGGUGCUGACCAACGAGCACAGCUGCGCCGCUGCUUUUGACGAGCUGUGUGGCACAGCGUCGCUCCUGGAGCAUCUGGUGAUGCUGUCCGGAAAGUGCGAGUCCCACGUGUUGCAAAGCAUUACGAGGGCCAGGUGCUGCAUGCAGGAGAAUUACAUGGUCUAUGCAGGCGUUGUGCAGGCAGCAGUUGUUUGUGAAGCUGUUGAUGGGAGUACGCAGCUAGACGCACUCAACGUUGAUUGCUGGCGUGCCAUAGUGCAGUACCUCAAACUCAGCGAUGUCAAAACAUAGUUGCUUUGAGUGAGGAUGUGAGGGGAACAGUUGCUUGGAUAAGCUUGUUGCAUAACAAGAUUCCUGCUGCUAGAAUGAAUACAAGAGUACAUAUUUUUGUUUAAUCUCAUUUGUAGUGAGUACAUAUCAGUGUGACAGUGAGGGGUGAGUAGAAGGAACUUAUUUAGCCUUGUUUAGAGACCAGUGCAUAUCAUGAGUUGAGAAUGUCUUUGUUGGGACAUUGGCUAAUGUUUGUGCUGGUGAAUAUCAAAUCUUUGGAAAGCCAUGGCACUUAUUGGUGUUUGCAACUUGUCAGUGAAUGCUUGCCGCAUUGUGCUGCACUUUAUGCAGUGUUUAGUUGUUGAUCGUAAUGAACUGAUUCGUUUUAUGUGAUAGUUUCUAUUCGUGUGAAUGUAAGGUAUUACAAAUUACUCCAGAAUAAUAUGUGAAGCCAAUUCAGUGAGCACUGUAACAAAGCUGGCAUAGCUACAGUACAGGGCUUUUGACACAGGAAUCGUAUGGAAAGACUUGCACAUGUGGGGAAUUUUUUUAGGGUAUUUUUCUUUGUAUGUAGCAGCAAUCAGCAUGUAUACAUUCUGCAAAAGUGCAUGCGGAAACUCGCUGUAAGUCUGCAUUGCAUUUAGUGGCUUUGUUUCCCGCGUGAUCAGCUGACAUUAGUGGUUAAUGGGAUAGGCUCCUUGAAAAAAACAUUUCUUUAAUAUUCGUACUAAAGAUUUGAAAAUCCACCAACUUAUAGAGCAUUUCAAGCAUAUUUCAAAUAUGUAAUUAAUUUCUAUGUAGCUGCUACAGUUGAGUUAAGUCCUGCACAAUGGCAGAAUAGUGAUUUUGCAGGCACUGUAUUGUGUAAUAAAUUUUUCCAAAACGCUUUGUGCUGUAACUCAUUUAGCUCUUUGUAGACCACAAACUGCCAAUAUCUAUUCAAACAGCGUGUACAAUUACUGGAACUAUGAAAAAUGAAGUAGGAAAACUUCAACUAAUUUUUUUCACAAUCACAUAAAAAUAACCUUAUACACUUACAAUUGCCUUAUAGUAACGAAAUUUGGCAUACAUACUUGUGAAGAUAUGCACAGUGCUAAUGUGUACUUGAAAUUGCAAUAUCUCGAAGCAGUAAGUUGCAAAAGUACAUGGUUACAUUUCAGAGAAUUGAGAAAAAAAAUUAGUUGAAAUGUUCAAAUUUUUUUGCAUAGUUUCAUUAAUUGUACACACUGUUCGGCUACUUAUUGGCACUUUGCAAUCUACAAAGAGCUAAACAAGCUACAGCACGAUGCUUCUUGUGAAAAUUUAUUACAUAAAGAAGUACCCACAAAGGUGAAUAUAUUUUGGCAUUGUGCAUCACAUAACUCAAAAGCUAUAACAGCUACACAAGAAGUAGUGCCAUAUUUGAAAUCUGCAUAGAAAACUCUAUACUUGACUGAAUUUUGAAACCUCUAAUACAAGUAACAAAAAAGUUGCUUCGAGGAGCAUCUCCCCUUAAUUUAAUAUGUUCUUUUCGUUUAUUAAUUUUACAAAAGUAGACUUAACAUGGUUUUCAUUUUUUUGUUGAGCAAUGUCCAUUGCUUCCAAUGAGCUCUGCAUAAUAGUUGAUUGAUAAAUAUGUUUUGGUCUUGGGCUUCUGAUCUCAUCAUUGUUUAGCACUUUUGCAAGUUUUUGUGUAGACUGGGCAUGCAGUUGCCAUAUUCAUUCUCUGUUGCAGUAUAUUAUGAAGACCAAUAAUCUGCUCCGUGAGCUCUGUUUUAAGUGCGUGUUAGCUCUUGGACAGUUUUCCAAAACUAACAUCUGUAUUGCAAGCUUGAAAUAAAGGCACCACCAAAAAGGCAGGCAAACCUCUAAAUACUUGCCUAGGAACGUUAAGGAGUAAAUAAAAAUGUGAAGCAAGCUGAUUUUCUGGAAAUUAAAUUGAGGAUGCUACCCUUGUUACAGUGGACGUGUUCGCGGUUGCAGAUGAGCGUAAGCACACUGCUUCAUAACCUUUAUGUGGGGUAUUCAGUGGCAUAAUUUUGCUCUUCAAUGCAGCUCACUUCUAUUAGACCUCCAGCUAACUAUCGUUUAUUCCAUUUUUGAUCUUUGUCUGAACACAGCUGUCAUUGGCAACGAAUCUGUUGGCCAAGGCUUUUCUGACCAGUGACGUAAGCGUUACACCGGUGUGCACAAAGUGCAAUUUCUUAAAGAAAUAAAGGCAAUAAAAUGGGGAACCCCUUGCACCUGGCAGACAUUUCGCGAUUGAACCAGAACUGAGUGUGUCGGCGGUAUCGAAACAUAAUUCAAUGGUGUAUUUUGGCAUUUAGUGAGCCCUCUGAAGAUUCACACCUUUAGUGUGUGCAUGCAGUAGGAACAAUGUAGAAUGUCUUAACAUUUAACCAGUCAAAACUGUUUAGGUACCAAUUUAUGGCACUGCCAUGACUGCGCCCACUGCACUUCCACGAUUACGAUAUGCUUCCAAAUAGGGGGCAUAUUGCACUUCCUGACAACAUGCAUAGAGAUAUGCUCCCUAUUGGUUAGCAUGUGGUGAUGCUUUGGAGAUGAACCAAAAGCAUCUUAUCAGCUCAAGAUUGCUGCCAUCGCCAUUUAUGGUUUCGAAGGCUUUUGAUUUCUUUCUCUAGACUGGACCCACAGGUGUCAGAUAGCUUGUGCCUCUGUGUGAAUGGUUUUGCAAUUCUUGGUGCCUUUGUUGAGAUGGUAGUUCCUAGGUUCCACAUAGUGCUGGUCUCCUUGAUUUGGCUGCACUUUCUGGACCAGUUAGCGAGUGUGCCUUUUGUUGUGAAACACGAGUUCACAUCAUAUAAAUGAAGUGCAGUAGUAGCGUGCCUCACGGCUCUUGCAAAUUAAGAAAAGUGUACCAACUGAUUAACUCUGUCGUCUUCUGCUAGUGGUUAAACCUUUUCUGUGAAUUCACACAUGCUUAUGUAAAAAAUGUUUGGUUCUGGCAAUAACCGUUAUCAUGGUAGUGCUGUGCGGUGGUAACAAAGAGGUGGCUGUGGAUAUCAUCGAAAAUAACAUUUCAGAGGAAAGCCGUUCAAACAAAAGAAACUUAGCAUGUAACAAGCCAUUACUAAUGCAUCCAAACAGCUGUCGAGGCACCAUAUUUGUAGCUCACUUCAGCUAGACUGUCUGUUGCAACUUUUGCGUGCUGAUGAUUGACUAGCGCUGCACCAUUUGAUUUGAUGUUAGGUGCCUGCACAAUCUCUGCCUUUCAGGAAUUGGUGAGUGCAGGGGAACCAUCAAGCUGUGCUCAACUGGCGCAUGCACGAAGUCAAGUUGAAGACAAAAGUUCUGUGCUCUCUAAAUUAGUCCAGAAAGUGCAGCCAAAUGGGAGAGGUCUGGACAAGGUGCAUAAAGUGGAGUUUAGAAGGCGAGCAUGCGUCAAAAUAACUUCCUCUCGCAAAAUAGUCCUGUGUAAAAGUGCGCACUGCAGCUUGCCUUGAAGUUUAACACUAUUGCCUUAGGCUUAAAUACAUUGGAAAUACUGCAAGGGUUUGCAUGUUUCGAGCUGGACAGGCAUUCAAAUGCUCUGUACAUGGCAAGGUCGGGUGUUUCUAGUCAAGCUAGAAUACAUUAGUAAUCGCAUCAUGGUGUGUACAGUGGUCCUAGUGGAACAGACAAAACGCAUCAAGCUAUACAAAAUGCCAAUGGUUUUCCUUCUGCCUCGUCUUGUUCACCAUUGAGAUUCGCAUGCCUCACAAAAAAAGUAAACUUUUUCUUGUUGGGGAAACAAAGGUUGAGUGAGGGAAACGGACAAAUUUGCAUUGUUGAAUGAAAUAAAUACAGCCGCCAAUCAGUUUUUUUCUUACGUGGAAAGGAGCCGUAGAAUUUUCCAGAUUGUCAAUCAAUCAAAGAGAGCAAAUUCGAAUGAGAAAAUAACCAACCCUUCCCCUACCAGGAAAUAGAAGUAAGCGAUGCUUGUCCUGCAUGGAGCUGACCUUCGUUACGGUCAAGUAACCCACAGAUAACAAUGCCGGAUUGCUUCGGCCUCCCGCUUCCUCAGCUUGGGAUCUUCUUAUUGUUGCUAUCAGAUUGGGUAGGCUCGGACGGCUCUAAUGGCUGGAAUGGCACACCGACAGCGAGCCCUUUCAUGGGCGAGUACUCGUCGCUGCUCGUCGAAGCCUGCGUGUUCCUCGGGGAAACACACAACGUAUGGCCGUCCCAUCCGUUUUCUGAGACUGAACUGAACGGAAACAAAGCUGAUGCAGUGCACACGAAACCCUUUCUUGCCCUUUUCCUUCCCGACGGAAGCAAAACAGCUCUGAUGAGUUGCACGCAUGGCUUGAGCGCACUCCUAUGCAGCUGCAAUCCUUGCUAAUGAUUCACGCUUCGGCGCAGCUGUCAACUCGUCAAACCACCCUUUCCCACAGCUGCUCUGCUCUGGCAGCAACUGGGUUUUUUUGCGUAACCACAGCGCCACCAAAAUUUGUGAGGCAAUUCAAGCUUCACUUGAAAAGCAGCCAGUGGCAGAAUUUAUUCAGGAGCGCACUGUAUGUUGACAGGCGCAGUGGCAAAGAAAACUACCACAUUUAGUCUUAUCUAGGCCGGCCCCGAUUCUAAGCCGGCCCCGAAUGUCUGAAGCCAGAAAAAAUAAAACGUCGAAUAUAGGCCGAACAAAAAUGCGAGGACAGCAUUCACAAAACUGAAAACAGCAGUUAUUUAACAUGAACAUGCCAAGCUUGCUCUAUGUUAUUAUUGAGCUUGCACGCGGACACCUGCAUGCUCGCAACCGUGCAUGCGCGCACUGUGCGGCACGGCUCCCAUGCAUCAAAACGCGGCGUGAUCUCGGUGAACAGCUCCUCUCUGUUAUCGCCCACUUAUUUUCCUCAUUGCUGUCUUCUCCUCAUUGAGUGAGAACAAAACAAUGGUGAGUGCAAAACAUUGCUCUGAAGUUGUUAGAAUAAGAGUGCAGGGGAAAAAGUUCGAAUUCGAAAUCAAGCUAGUUAAACCUCUUUUCAGGAACACUUGUAGUGUUGCUAAAUUUCCAUGCACACACCUCAGAUGAAACUACUUUUUGAAUGCUUCAUUUACUUGGGGCAUUCUUGUUGUUCUUGUGUACUAAUGUGUAAGUAGUGACCCUAACACUGAUCAGACCUUUUGUGACAGAUAUAGUAGAACCCUGUUGCUACUGUCCAUUUCAUAACAAUUUCCUACUUAUAUGUUGUGGUGCAUGGUUCCCAUAAGCGUAGCCUAUCUUAUUGUUGUUUCUGUUUAUAUACUCUCCUGUCUUUUGCAAACAGCUUUUGGCAAAAUCACACAAGAAGCUUGUGUUGGGUUCUGCUGUAUUUACCCAAAACAUUUCCUGUGCCUGUCAAACUGUCCGGUGGAUCAAAUUCAACAAACGUCAAAAAAAAAGGUUGCAAUUUCACCCGAAAAGUGCAGCAUCGAUUGCGAUAGCAAUUAAGCAGACAUCUAUGUGAAGUAAGGAUAGUAGCUUUAUGGGCUGUAUAAACUUCGAAACAUUGGCGUACUGACUGAAUUAACAUUGAUGGUGUAAGCGCGCACAAGCAAACCUGAGCGCAUCACACACUGUGAGUGCAGCCACUUGCUGUCAAAACGCUGGUGUGAGCAAGCGUGACAGCAGGAGUGAGCAAAGUGACCAUCGUACGGUCUAUCGCUUCAAUGCAAGAGUGGCGAGAAAACAAUGUGCACAAAGGUAUGAGCCGUCUGCAGAUCCCUUUCAAGAUAUGGCGCGCGCGACCAUGCGAAGUACGCCCCUUGUCGGCAGAGUCGAAGCUGCCGCCCCUCUUCCCGCUUUCCCUCAUAUAUGGCGCACGAGAUUGAGCCAAAAUUGCCAGUUCCCCUUGCACCCGACUGUGAAAUGCACAGUUGCGGCUGGAGCACAAUGCACCCACCACCCUCUCCCCUCUAUGGUGUACUGGAAUGGGGCAGUGUGUUGUCUGCACAGCUAAACAACGGGGUAACUGGGGAUGCUUCUGCGUUGAUGCCACCAGACAGGCGCUGCGAGUGCGUAACGUGCGAAAUUUAAACAUCUGCAAAACUUUCUGCAUUUAUAAACUAGAACACUUUCUAAACACAAUUGAAAUUAUUAUGAUUUGCGAAAAGUUAAUAAUACAAACUGUUAGGAUACAUCAGUAACACCACCUAAGCUUGCACGUUUCCAACCGCAGAUCAUUCAGUGUUCCCGAUUGUCUGGUCAGCGUUUCGGUUGCAGAAGACAAAUAAAUGCUCGUCUACUCGUUCAAUUUGCUAGCAUGCAUAGACUUUUAGUAUUUCGAAAAACGAUGAUGAGAGGCCCAGAAGGAGGCACAAAGCAACCACCAGGCACAGUGCAACUCACUGUGCCUGGUGGGUUGCACAGGAUCCCUUUCAUGUUGCAUCAGCCAGAAAAGCAGUCGCCAGGUUUCACUGAAGAAAAACAAAUACUGCUCUUUGACGAAUGUAGCUGCCAACGUUUGGAUAUUUAGCUCCGUAAAAGGGCGCCAAAGGAAAAGAAUACAGCCGAUGUUCUCAAUGUGCCCGAUCUGGAGCAGUCUGGAGUUCUGAUCGUUAUGCAGGAACCUCAGUGCACGCCCACACAGACAUUUACAAACCCAGCGCUUGCCGUGCACAUAAAAGAUGUGCUAAUGUGACAGGAAAAAGCACAUCAACCAAUCGGCAAGCUCCGUACGUACAUGCAUGACCUCCGCAACAACCAUAACUACUAAUCCUGGAGGCCCUGUGUUGCACGAUUAUUUUUGCUCGUGCCAUCAAUGACUCCAGGCUGCAGCGACGGAUGGCACUGCAGUAGACAGACGUGCUCCAGCACCUCCGGCUGUCAUCGCAAAAAAGGCACGUUUUCACCGCUGGAUGACACACUGCUACAUUCCAGUACACCAAGCCCGCUCUUAUCCUCUCAUGGCCUUUCGUGCGAUAGAAGACUGCGUGUUUGCUCUCUGCUUUCUUCCUUCCUGUGCACCAGAUUGAGCUGUGAUUGCUGGCUCACCCUUGCACGCUUUACUCACAACACGGCAUGUGGCGCAUGGAGACGAAUUUAUUGUCAUUGACAAUAUUAUUAGACGAAGGCCAAUUUUGAGAUCAAAAUAACGCAGGUUUGGGCUCAUAAAACUGUGUGGGAGCCAACCAGGACUUACGGUUGGACCGAAUUAACGGAAGUCUACUGUAUAUUCCUUUUACUGCAA